AUGACUGGAUCACUAUAUGCUCAGUCGCCGGUGCCCGCCUCGCCCCCGGCGGCAACGGCUACAUCUCCCGCCAAGUCAAAGACCGCGUCACCGAAAAAUCGGAGUCCAUCGCGGUCAAAAACUGCUUCACCAGUAGCGCAGAACUCACCCGCGGGCCAAGUUGCAGGCGAAGUUACAGAUGAUAUUGAAGUUGACGAAGGAUUCAGUGUCAGCGAUGGAGCUUCAACGAUUGAUGAUCAGAUAUCAUCCUACACAGCUUCCUUAGGCUCCAGUGUGAUCGACUAUCCUGUAGAGCAUGGACGUCGUUAUCACGCUUUCCGAGGAGGAGCUUACUAUGCUCCAAACGAUGAGAAUGAGAUGGACCGUCUUGACUUCCUCUCGACCUUGAUCUUCAAAGCCAUUGGCAAGUUGUACUUAGCUCCAAUUGAGCAGAAGAAAACUCAUCGCAUCUUGGACAUUGGCACUGGGACUGGAAUCUGGGCUAUGGAGAUGGGAGACUUGUUCCCCAACGCUGAGAUUAUCGGGAACGACCUGAGCGCAAACCAACCAACUUGGGUACCAUCAAACGUUAAAUUCGAGGUCGACGAUGUCGAAAGCCCUUGGUUGCAUACAACCAAAUUUGACUACAUUUUCUGCCGGUCUAUGGCCGGUGCUAUUGCUGACUGGCACAAGUUGGUCAAGAAUGUUUACGACAAUACCAACGCCGGAGGCUGGGUCGAAUUCCAAGACUGGGAUCUCCUAUACCGCUCUGAUGAUGGCUCCAUCACCGAUAAGCACGAAAGUCUGAAGAUGAAUAAGACGUUCAUCAGCACCUGCAGGCAGAUUGGCCGUGAGCCCUGUCCGGGCCCCUUAUUCAAGGACUGGGUCACGGAGGCCGGCUUCACCAACAUCACCCAUGAGACGUAUAAACUGCCAAUUGGUACUUGGCCCAAGGAUCCCCAUUAUAAGGAUCUCGGUCUCUGCAACCUCAUCCAGAUUUUGGAUGGUUUGGAGGCCUUCAAUUUGCGACUACUUACUGGCGUACUUGGCUGGACGAAGGAGGAGGUCAUGGUGAUGCUAGCAGCUUGUCGAAAUGAGUUGAAGACAGGCGUCUUCCAUGCCCGCAUGGAGUUGUGA